UAUAUGUUUACGAUAAGUAUAACCCUCAUAUUCCCAUGCGGAGUUUCUAGACGAAAUCUUCUUCGUCGUCUCCGUCCGAAGCCUUCAAACCCUUCAAGGUCGCUUAAUUCCUUCCCUCUCGAAGCGUUGCGGGAACAAAAAAAAGGAAAAAAGAAAACGAAAUCGAUUCCCGAGUAGCGUCUCAAAUCCCCGAGAGUAAAAGAAUCGGAAGAAGAAAUUAUCUUGGACACCAGACGCUGAUUGCGGAAGGGUUUCUAUCCGGAUUUGUUGAAUCGGAGGCGAGAUUUCGGUGAUUUAUUUUGCUUCUCCAUCCUCGGAUUCUUGGGUUCCACCUUUUUUUCCCAGGCUUGAUUAGAGGUAUGCAGAGCCAAGUUGUGUGCAACGGCUGCAGGAAUGUCCUUCUUUACCCUAGGGGAGCUACUAACAUAUGCUGUGCAAUAUGCAGCACUGUAACUUCAGUGCCCCCUCCAGGAAUGGAGAUAUCUCAGCUUGUAUGUGGAGGUUGCCGAACUUUGUUAAUGUAUACCCAUGGUGCAACUAACGUGAGAUGUUCCUGCUGCAACACAAUUAAUCUUGCAAGAUCAGCAAAUCAGGUUGCUCAUGUGAACUGUGGCCAAUGUAAUACAACUCUGAUGUAUCCUUAUGGAGCACCGUCCGUCAAAUGUGCAAUAUGUCAUUAUGUUACAAACAUCGGGGCAAGUAAUAUGAGAGUUCCAAUCCCAGCAGCACACAGGCCUAAUGAAUUCACGGCCAUGCCACCAUCGAAUUCAGCUCCUUCUUCUCAAGCCCAGACUGUUGUUGUUGAGAACCCUAUGACAGUGGAUGAAAGCGGCAAACUGGUGAGCAAUGUUGUAGUGGGAGUCACCACUGGGAGAAAAUGAUGUCUUUACCGAGAUCCAGUAUGUUGGUGGUUGGCAUUUGUUGUUGUAAAUUUGGAUAAAAUUAAGCUCUCCAUUUUGGAGCUCGGCUGUCUGCUAGAACGGUUAAGAAUGCAAGACAUGAUGAGUGUUUACAAAACAAUUGAUGCUACUCUAGCCUAGAUUCCUGUAUUCUUUUCAUUUGUGUAUGAGCUGUGUUAUACUGCUAGUGAGCAGGUCCCCAUGACGAUAACACCAUAGCAAAGUAGCAGGUGGUGCCAUGAUUGUUGUUGCCAACUUGAUAUGGAGUCAGUCUUAUGAAUAAUAUCCCUAGAUUUUAUCUACAAGAUUAUAUGGUUGUA